AUGGAUGGUACCGCCCUCUUCCUCUCUGCCAAUUUCGACGAGCUUGAUAUUGGAUUCGGUAAAGACAAAAUCACGGGCACAUACAAGCCCGUUUGGUUAUACAGUUCUUUAGAAAUUGGCCUUGAAAACGCGAGGUUUUCGACUUUAACUACAUGCGAGGUUUUCGACUUUAACACCGACGCUUGGAGGUAUGUUUCUCCAGCCGCUCCCUAUCGGGUUUUUGGUAACUCCAAACCUAUUUGUAUAGAUGGGUCGCUUCAUUGGUUCAAUGACUGCGAGGAAACCAAAAUUCUAUCGUUCGAUCUGCACACCGAAACGUUUCAAGUGGUCUCUAAAGCUCCCUUUACAAAUGUAAACGCUUUUGAUAUUGUCAUGUGCAAUCUCGACAACCGCUUCUGCGUUUCCAAGAUGAACUGGCUGAUAUGGUCAUUCAAUUCAGGCAACAAGACAUGGCACAAAAUGUGUUCCAUUAAUCUGGAUGUAACUUCUUAUUGGUUUGGUAAUCACAUAGCUGCGGUCAUGCCACUAGCACUUUUUGAUGGGAAGAAGAAGAAGAAGAAGUUGUUGUUUUACUGUCGUAAGCGAAGUCGAACACUGAUGUUACGUGAUCCCGAAACCGAAUCAUAUCAUGUUACUUUCAAUCUCUAUUUCAUAAAUCUGAUUAUUGUCAAUGCAAUGGUGCAAGACAAACUAUAA